AUGCCUUACAAGUCUCGCUGGACAAUUGAUGUCCCAGAUACUCAUUUAGCAUCUCUCUUGCUUCAAUCACCCACAGCACCUCUGUCUCGAACCCAUAGAUCAUACUUGGAUGCAGCUCGUCCGGACACUCACUACUUGACUACCCAUGACUUUCGUCUCUGGAGUCAGCGGUUUGCCGCUGGAUUGCGCAAAUCAGGUCUCCAGCCAGGAGAUCGAGUCCUUUUAUUCUCCGGCAAUGACUUGUUCUUCCCAGUGGUGUUUAUGGGCGUGAUCAUGGCCGGUGGAAUAUUCACCGGCGCCAAUCCAACCUUCGUUGCUCGUGAACUAGCCUACCAGCUCCAAGACAGCGGUGCAACAUAUUUGCUCUGUGCAACUGCAAGUCUCGAAACAGGUAUCGAAGCCGCAAAGCAAGCCAACCUCCCCCAGUCCCACAUCUUCGCCUACGACAGCUCAAUCUAUGACGGUAACACCAACCCCCAAAAUGGCUGUCGAUUCUGGAGCGAUCUCGUUGCUUCUGAGCAAGAAGGUAGCGCCUUUGCCUGGGAAGACCUUUCAACGCCCGCUCUUUCUCGUCGAACCCUGGCAUUGAACUACUCAAGUGGAACGACGGGUCGUCCAAAGGGUGUGGAGAUCUCACACAGGAACUAUGUCUCCAAUAUGCUUCAGUAUUGUCAUUUUGCGACACUAAGCCCAGACUAUAAAGAACGGCUCGAGCGGGCACGAUGGCUGUGUUUCUUGCCCAUGUACCACGCCAUGGCGCAGAAUAUCUUCAUUGCUGCCGCAUUAUACCGCGCAACACCCGUCUAUGUCAUGCCGAAGUUUGAUUUUGUCAAGAUGCUGGAGUAUACUCAGCAGUUCCGAAUUACGGAUCUGAUUCUCGUGCCUCCGGUCGUGGUCGCAUUGACUAAGCACCCUGCUACUAAGAAAUUCGAUCUGAGUCAUGUGGAGGGGGUUUUCAGCGGUGCUGCGCCUCUGGGGCGAGAGGUCUGUGAGGAGGUUGAGAAGUUGUGGCCUAAAGGUCAAAUCAACGUCAAGCAGGGGUGGGGAAUGACCGAAGCAACUUGUUCAAUGUUGGGGUGGGAUCCCACGGAGACGAGCACAUCUGCCUCUGUCGGGGAACUGAAUCCCAACUGCGAAGGUCAGAUUGUUUCCUUGGAGGGACAAGAGGUGAAAGAGCGAAACGUGCGUGGCGAACUUUGGGUACGGGGGCCCAAUGUCAUGACAGGCUACUGGCGCAACGAGAAAGCGACCAAGGAGACUAAGACCGACGAUGGCUGGCUCCGUACAGGAGACAUUGCCUUCGUGGACGAUUUGGGCAAAUUCCACGUUGUGGAUCGCAUUAAGGAAUUAAUUAAAGUCAAAGGCAACCAAGUGGCACCCGCCGAGCUAGAGGCUCUUCUUCUCGAACACCCAGCGAUCGCGGACGUGGCGGUGAUUGGAGCUAUCAUAAAUCAUGACGAGCGCCCUCGGGCAUACGUGGUACUUUCUCCCGGACAAUUCGCCACCGCGGACGAUAUAACGGGUUUCAUGGACAGCAAGGUUUCCGCAUUCAAGCGGAUUACAGGCGGCGUUGUAUUCCUCGAUGCAAUCCCUAAGAAUCCCUCAGGUAAAAUAUUGCGGACGAAGUUGCGCGAACAGGCGAAACAGGAGCUUAAAGGUGUCCCGGCUAGGCUCUAA